GUCAGUGCGGGGAGAGGGGCGGAACCUGCCCUUCUUUCCGGAAGGCAGUGUGGAAGAUGGCGGUGCAAGAUCCUGAAGGUGGUGGUUCCGUGUCGGGCAGGAGCCUCCUGUCAGGAGGCCUCCUGGAACUGCUCAGACCUGCGGUGGAGGAGGUAGAUCAUCAGGUACAGGGAGUGAGGGAGAGUCAGUUGGAUCUUCGCGAACAGAUCGACAACCUGUCGGCAGAGUUGUAUAGGAUUAAUGAGGAUCAGAAAGUGUCGCUCGAUCUGGACCCAUAUGUUAAAAAAUUGCUGAAUGCAAGGCGGAGAGUGGUGCUCGUGAACAACAUCUUACAGAAUGCUCAGGAACGACUGAGACGGUUAAAUCACAAUGUUGCUAAGGAAACAGCUCGUCGUAAAGCCUUGCUGGAGUCUGGAAUACUACUCCCUGGUUCUCCAAGUAAAUGAAGACAGUUUAUGAAAAACCAAAUAAUCGCAAAAUGCUGCUGUUAGAGAAGACAAGAUGACCUCCUAUAUGGAUUCUCUCAGCUGUGAUGCUUGAAGCACAUGAACUCAGACAAAAUUGAUAGUUUUUGUGGAGUGGAGAGGGAAAAGGUUCAAAUCUGUCACAAUUGUGUGCAGUUCCUAAUCCUGGCUACAGAGGCCUUGUUUGGUACAACCAGAAUAGAAUAUCUUCUGAGAUCUGUUAUGCUUGGUCAAGGUUGAAUUCUGGAACAUUUAGAACCACUGCAUUCAGCUUAAGUGUUAACAUGCACUGAAGCUUCUCACAUGUUCAUAUUGUGAAUAAUGGCACAUCUGUCAGAGUAGAGAGAUUUAAUUUUUGCAGCUCUAAUAUCUGGGCACAACUCCCACCACCCCCCCACACACCACCUUUCUCUUCCCUUCUCCCUGCCCCCACUCUAACCAUCCUUGUUGAAGUAAUGCUUCAAGAUAAUCAUCCUUUGCAACCACUUGGUUCAGUUCGAACUGAGCAUGACUCACGUUUCACUAUUCCUUCUGCAAGAGCUGAAAUCUUUCAUCUUGUUCACAAAUAGACAGUACAGUCUCUUUCUUGUAAUGUAAACUGACUUUUAUGAUGUUAUGACUCGGUGCUAUACCACUUUGAAUCUAUAAUAGUUAAUACCAUGAUGUCUAAUGAGAUACUUAAUGGACUGACCAUUCUUAGCUUGAAUUAUGGACUGAGUCAGGAAAAAUAUAUAAUUCAAAAAAUAA